GCGCAGUUAUUUGAAUCAUAUUCUACUGUCUCAAGGUCCGAGCAAACGCUCCCUGCUAUCAUUCAGUAGCACAUACGCAAGAUAUCCAAACCUCUGUUUGUCCGUCAGUAGUUACUCAACCAUGAAAAUAAUUUUCGGGCUACUUUUACUAGUCGCGCUCGCUUCGGGUCAAAACGAAGUUCAAACUAUUGGUGAAAUCCUAAUGGCGAUACUGGAGGCAAUCGCGAAAGUACUAGAAGCUCUAGGUCGCGUCUUUGUACAAAUUCAAAAAGCGAUUAAAGAUGGCUGUGACCGAAACGGGGGUCCUGGUGCCUACGAGAACUUGACCAAAGUCUGGUCGGAAUCGACCGACUUUUAUAACAGUCACUUCGAUGGAUUUCAGCAGGAAGUUGAAGUAGCGAAAAAAGCUGGAAACUUAAGUGCGGUUUUUAAGAAUUACUGUCGCCUAAGUGUUCCACUGAUCCAUCACGUACAACGGUUGUCAGAUGCGACAAGAAAAUGCAGUGGGCCGGAUAACAUACCCAAGAUUCAGCAUUUUCGAAAUAUGGCGGAGAGAGCCAUCCAUUUUGGUUGUGAAAAUGAUGGGGCGCGGAUUGCAUUAUUUGUAGCAGAAGAUGGCUACGAUUGCGUGAUUGGCAAGAAUACUGCUCUGUUGGAAUGUGGAGGAAAUACAAGGUUUGGCGAUCUUGACGCAAUCCAAAGUACAAUCCAAAGCUUUGAGUUCGACAAAGGAGUGUGCGAGGACUAUAAAACAAUCCAGAAGUGCAUGGUUGGGGUACUAGGAGAAUGUAGCAAGAGUGCGCCAGCGAAACUCAUGGAUGAUUUUUUAAAUGAGAUAUUCAGUUCGUCGCCAUGUCUCAAUUUUGCAGAACUAUAUUGACGGAAUAUCACUCCUUAUAUUUUUUUAAAAUAUAUGUAUAAUUUGUUUUGUUUUCCAAUACAUUGCUGGGUUAUUGCUGAAUAAU